UUCCCACUCGUCCUCACAACCACUGCUCCGCCAGCACACAGAGCCUCGCGGGCCAACGGUGUGUAUGUAGUCUAGCUAGCUCGAAGUUACCCAUCAACGGUGAAACGUUUGCGUUCGGCGGACACCGCUGCCUCCCUCGUCCGCUCUGCUAUACAGACUUUCUGCCUCCAGCACCGGGUCCUCCUUGGGGAGAAAAAGCGCCUACUGAGAUUCAGUGCGGGGAAAAAAGGAAAAAAAAAAAGGCUUGUGGAGAAGUGGACCGAGCUAACUCGGGCGUGGUAGCAAGAAAAAAAAAAACCAAUUUUGUUAGCAAAACUUGGAAAAAAGUAGCAUCCACAAUGUCGCUGUCGGUGCCACAGAACGGAGUAAAGGCGGAUGACGAACCAGUUAUUGAGCUGUUUGUGAAGGCGGGAAGUGAUGGAGAGAGCAUUGGGAACUGCCCCUUCUCUCAGAGGCUCUUCAUGAUCCUGUGGCUUAAAGGAGUCGUCUUCAACGUCACCACAGUGGACCUCAAGAGGAAGCCAGCAGACCUCCAGAACCUGGCCCCCGGCACACACCCACCCUUCAUCACCUUCAAUGGUGAGGUCAAAACUGACGUCAACAAGAUUGAGGAGUUUCUUGAGGAUGUCCUCUGCCCACCCAAGUACAUCAAGCUUGGUGCACGGCACCCCGAGUCAAACACAGCUGGUAUGGACAUCUUUGCCAAGUUUUCAGCAUACAUCAAGAACUCAAAACCAGAUGCUAAUGAGGCUCUGGAGCGCGGGUUACUGAAGACGCUGCAGAAGCUGGAUGAGUAUCUUCGUUCACCACUGCCCGAUGAGAUCGACCACAACAGCAUCGAGGACAUCAAGGUCUCCAACCGCAAGUUUUUGGAUGGCAAUGAGAUGACUCUGGCUGACUGCAACCUGCUGCCCAAGCUGCAUAUAGUUAAGGUGGUAGCCAAGAAGUACAGAGGUUUCGACAUCCCCAAAGAGAUGACGGCCAUCUGGCAGUACCUGAACAACGCCUACACACGCGAAGAGUUCACUAACACCUGCCCCAGUGACAAGGAGAUCGAGAUCGCCUACGCAGACGUAGCCAAGAGGCUGGUCAAAUAAGCUCCUCUGUCCUGAGCUUCUCCCUCCAUCCUCCACCCAGUAACCUCUCCCAUUACACUCCGCUGCACUCCUCCCUCCUCAGCACCAGGACUGAUGUGCUCAUUCACGAGAAAGAAAAAACUCUGGACUUCUUUUCCUUCUCUCCUCAUUUAGCGCGAACCCCCAAUGCAUGAUCCCUUCUCAAUUUUUUUUUUUCUUGUUUUUUUCCCCUCUGAUUUAUAAGAAGAUCUCUUUAGUUGGUACAGCAAAGGUCACAGUUGUUCCAACUUGAAUUUCUUUUGUUUUUCAUUUGCUGAUGAAUGAUGUGAGGCGUUGUGAGAUGGCGAGGUGACGCAAAAGCAGCCAGAUGUGCGUAUCAGUGCUUAUCAAUGUCAGGAGCCGCAUCAAACACACUCCCGAAUAAGUGACCUUCAAGCUGACCUUCUCUCUGCCCCAAAGGGAAAGGUCACGAGCGGUUUGUUAAUUAUCUGUUGUCUGUUUUAAUAUUGAAGCGGCUCUUUCUAGGUUUGCUCUAAAAAUGCAUCACUGAGAAGCUGUUUUUUUUUUUGUUUUGUUUUGUUUUUUUUCCCCUGUCUUUUGGCUUAUUGAGUGGCGCUGUAAACAGUGUUGAAGCUUCAGUGUUUUUGGCUCAAAUAUAUACCAGGUUUAAGUAGAAGUUGAAGCUAAUCCAAACCUGAGUGGUUGACAUAUCAAGAGAUGUUUUUAUAUAUGUUGAGGUGUUUAAAAUAAAUUAAAAUAAUUGUUACUGCAGGUAAAGCUACCUGCUAUCCAUGCUCUGAUUUCCUCAUCGCCUCUAACAGGUAAAAGUCUAGUAGCUCAGCUCAGUAGAAUUGUAGGAAAUUUCCUGUACCGGUUGUAGAAGUAAAAACUCAGGAAAAAUAUAACCUGAGGUCUAAAAAAUAUUAAACCAUAUGUAGCCUACAUACAUGUUCAAGGAUGUAUAGAUUUCUUUUGUAAAUCACCAAAUUGCCGUGGAAAAUGUCCAUACAGGCACUAGCAGACUCUUCUCUUACGAAGGAAAGUCUCUGCUUCGGUCGUGCUGAAUGUAGCGGUAGUUUGGAUUACACAUCGCAGACCAAAAAGGGGCACAUUAUUCUGGUCUCACUGUGGAUAGGAUGACACCGGCCAUAUAAACUAGUGAAGUCAAAAAAAGAAGAAACUACACACUCGCUGUCUAUUUCUCCGUAGCAUGCAGAAUGAAGGACACUAAUGUGCGGUCAGGCACCAGGAAACGCAACCCUAAAGAUAUUUAUAAAUAAACGAAUCGCGGACAGUAGCAAUGAAACAUACUGUGUACCUGGUCGAAUUUCACUUUCCCAUCAGUAUGUAGAUUGAUCUCUAAGGUAGUCAGUGUAUGUUAUGAUACAGUAGCUCCAAAAGUGCUUUAGUGCGGAUAAAGCAAAACCUGUUUUGUUUUCUCCCGUUUGCCAUGUUUUUCAGACAUUUUGUUAUGAAAAAAAUUUGAUAAAAAAGGAAUUGUAAAUAUUUGUUUUGAUUGCUCAGAAUUAAAUGUGUAAAUUUUAUACAUGUCAUCUGAAUUUUGAGGAAAAGGGGCCAUCACUUGCCUGCUUGGAUUUUAAUUCUAGCCUAACCCAUCUCCUCUUUGCCUUCUCUAUUCUCUGCAGAUGAUUUGCAGGAAGGUUUUUCAGAGAUCAUUUCAUUACAACAUGUGUGAAGUUUUACAACUUCUUACAACUUUUUUUUUUUUUUUUUUU